UUGUACACAUACAAUAUACAUACAUAUUUGUCCAGAAAAAAUACAAGCAACUUAAUAUUUAAAUUUUUUGAAAAGUAUAAAAUCUUCUAUUAUGUGUAACACAUUUGAAGAUUUCAGAAUUAAUUUUGCCGAAACCGAAUGGCAAUUUUGGUGUAGACUCUGUGCUAAAGACGAUGUACGAAAUAUCAAAAUAUAUCCAGAACAAAAUCAAACUCCAGUUGACACAAACGAAACACUUGUAGACUUCAUAGCGGAUUUUUUUAAAGUUCAAAUGCAGCAGAAUGAAAAUUUACCACAUUGGCUUUGUGCACAAUGCUUUUCAUUGGUUUCGACCUUGUUCAAAUUCACAAAACAAGUUAACAUGGUGCAAAGAAUGUACAACGAAAUACAAAGUUCUGGCAACAAAAAUGUUAUAGAUUUUCGUGUGAUACGAGAUAAAUAUAAUUUACUUGAGUAUGAGUUCGUCACGUCUAAUAGGUCGGAUACAAAAUCAUCUAUUGAAAAUAUCUUUGUUGCCGCUGCACCAGAAAUAUUUGUACACAACUCCUUGGAUAAUAUUGUUAAGAAUGAAAUCAUAUCGGACGAGUUACAGAGUGGCAUCUUUCUUAAUGCAGGCGAAUAUAAUAGGGAAUUUCAAGAUCCAAUUGGUGAUGUAAUUACAAAUCCUACUGAUGAAGUAGAGAGUAAUAUUUCCCUUAACCAUAUUAAAGAUGAUAGUGAAUCCGAACCAAAUGGAAAACAAUACAAAAAACAAAGUCGGAUGAAAAAGCAACCAAAUUCCUCGGAUCAAGAAUCAAAAACAGACAAAUACUUCUGUAACGAAUGCUCACUACAUUUCAAAAGGGGUAGUAAUUAUGGUAUUCAUAUGAAGAAAAAGCACGGUAUUGACAUAGCAAGAGAUACUUGUUUUUCUUGUUCGCAAUGUUCGAAGACUUUCAAAUAUAAAUUCAAAUUAAAUCGUCAUGUAAAAAUACAUCGACCGUUAGCGGAAAAGUGUAUAUUUCCAUGUCCACAAUGUGAUAGAAAAUUCCAAACUAAGGAUUAUGUUUUGCGACAUAUAAAGUUUGUUCAUGAAGAUAUACGCUCAUUCGUUUGCGAAGAGUGUGGUGAGUGUACACGCACGGAAGCUACACUGCGGGAGCACAUGCUUAUACACACCGACUAUGCACCUUUUGAAUGUGAAGUUUGUAAGAAAGGAUUUAAAAAUCAAGCGCGUUUGAAGAGGCAUAUGGAGAUGCACAGCGAUCAUAAACAUAUAUGCGGUGAGUGUGGUUUAGGAUUGAAUUCGCGUUUAACUUUGAAUCGUCAUAUGAUUGUGCAUUCUGAUGAAAUGCGGCAUAAAUGUGAUUAUUGUGGGCGCGAAUUUAAACGUGUGAAAGCUUUAAAAAGUCAUUUAAUACUUCAUAGUGGCUUAAAGCCAUAUUCAUGUGACUUCUGUGACAAAACGUUUGCCCAUGGCUCAAAUUGUCGCACUCACAAAAAAAAAUUUCAUCCCGAAGAAUUUGCGGCCUUAGAGGCUUCCGGAGAAAAGAAGUUCACUAAAAAUAUCCCUAAAUUAGCGGUUUUAAAAACAGUUACCCGCACAGCUGAGAAUCUUCUGCCCGUGGUAUGUAAACAAAGUGGAAACUUUUCUUCCGGCAAAAAACCGAACCUCCAAUCAGUUGUAAAGGAGAAACACAACACCGUUCCUACGACAGUCGGGUCUAAGUAAACGGAGCGGGCCCGGAUUUUUAUCCAAUGUUGUCAAUUCGGCGCCAUUCCUCGAAAUUACUUCAGGAAUGUUUUCUGCCGCUUCAACAACAACAACGAAACAUAAAAAUAUGCAGGGAAUAAUACAUAAGUGUGUGCGCUGUGAUUGUGCUCAAGUGAUUACUCUUGGCCGGCGACCUGAUGAUGACUAAAUAACAGACAAUAUAAUACCAAGAAUUGAUAACUGGGUCAAUGGGUAUACACAUGCAACCUACAUUCACUUAUGUCUAUGAUGAUUGAUACAUAUUAAUGGCUACUAUAUUUCUAGUUUACGUGUUUAAAACUAAGUCUUAAUUUUUAAUGACUAAAACGUCUGCAGUUAUUGUAAAUGUAUAAAAAGAAGCCACUUUAUACAACGGAUUGAAAUGCUCUUUUUAAAGCCUCACUUAAGCAUACCAAAAUUGUCAGUAUGUAUUGAAAUAUAUUUAUAGGAGAAUCAGACAUAAUUACAUAUGUACAUACAUAUGCCUGAUCGUAGUGAUAAGUCAUAGUCUUAAAUUAUUUCACUAAGUUAAUAUUUUUUAUUGCAAUAUAUUAUAAUAAAUGUUAAUCAGGA